AUGGGUCGGACGACGAGGCGCGAAGGCAACGUUCACGCAAGUGCCAGGCCAGAGCGCGGGCCUCGGGAUCGCAGGCCACCUGGGCUUCCAAAGCGCUGGCUUAGCAGCAGGGACGACCAUGGAAUGGAUGACUCUAGCUUGCGCAGGCGACGCUCGGGAAAGCGCAGGCACGGCGAUAGAAUGGAUGCCUCUAGCUCCCGCAGGCCACGCUCGGGCGAGAUGCCGCGUUCCAGGAGCCCCAAGCGCAGGCGCAGCAGCAGGGGCGACGCCUCCCCAAGGCGUCCAUGCACGGAGGAGAAGGAGGAGGCCACUGGCUGGGUUCCCAUUCCAGGCAAGCUCCACCCCAGCGGACUUGACGAGGUGGAGGCUAUGAAGUAUGGCUUCUUUCCAGUUCGUAACAGGGCCCCUCCUCUGGACGAGGAUGGGAAGACGAGCGACAUCUUCGUGUGCGACAAGGCUGCCUACCAGAUGCUCAACGAUGCUCACCUCCGAGGAACGGAGCUGGGCGCCUGGGUGGCCAAGCGUCUCCGCCUCGGUGCCUUGUUCGUGCACCACAACUACGACCAGGUACCGGGCUGGAGGGUGAUUACAUUGUUUGGGCGACUCAAGGCGAUGCUGCCAACCCGAGGCAAGAAGGUUAUUCCGGAAUGGCUCAAGCUCCAUGGCCAGCAGGAUGAUGCGGAAUGUGUGGAGUCGGCUCAGCUGUUUGCAGAAGCAGCCACUGACUUCGACGUAGACGCUAGCUGCUUCAGGAUUGUUUUCGUGUGUGGCAACACCAAGUUUGUUGAGCUGCUCAGGAAAGACCACGCUGGUCUACAGCAGCUGUUUGUGGAGCGCCGGGCAGUGGACAGAACCCGUGACGUUCCUUUCAGGGUGUGGCACAUAACAAGCCAGAGUUGCUCUCAACUCGAGGAAGAAUGCCUCGAUGAAUCGCUGCAGGACUUCGCGUAUCAGAGUGGAGGCUGGGAGUACCUGAGGGGGAUCGUCAGAAAAUACCACUGAUCAGUGCCUGUGGCUUCUCGCGCUCUAUAAAGUGGCACCUUGUUAGAGAUGAACAAGGAACCAGAAUCCUAUAAUGUAUCUAACAUCGCGUUUGAUAUAUCCAAUAUCGUGUUUUAUCGCAAAA